GGUUUGCGGUGACAUACUGGAAGUCCGUGAAAUACAUCAUACUACUAGCAUUAAAGUAAAUUGUGCUUGUAUAUUGUUAGUGAUUGUGUGAAUGUUCUGUGUAGUGAAUUUUAUCAACCUGAGAAUAUUCUAGGUUAAUUCCUUUAAGACAACUGAUCUUACAAAAUCCAAGCUCGUUCUGCUGUCGGCCUACCAGAAGUGCAGUACACUUUGCAAUGAGUGACAAGAAAAGCUCCAGAGUCCUUACGCUGAACGAGCUAUUGGGUACACUACCAAUCCGGUCGCUCAACACCUACCAGAUGCGGCAUCUCACUAUGCAGCUGAGAACAUCUCACAGGAACUAUGAGGAUUCUUCACUAGAAGAAUUAAAUUAUCAUGUAGGUGGCGACGAAUCCACAGACCAAAAUAAUAAUAUCACAAUGACGAGCGAAGAUCUAUUGCAACCUGGACACGUUGUGAAAGAGCGCUGGAAAGUUAUGAGAAAGAUCGGAGGUGGAGGGUUUGGAGAGAUUUACGAAGGACUAGAUUUAGUAACUAAAGAGCAAGUCGCUCUCAAAGUUGAAUCGGCUCGGCAACCUAAGCAAGUACUGAAGAUGGAGGUUGCAGUUUUGAAAAAACUGCAAGGUAAGGAUCACGUAUGCCGAUUUAUCGGUUGUGGGCGCAAUGAUCGCUUUAACUAUGUGGUGAUGCAACUACAAGGCAAGAACCUGGCGGAGUUGCGGCGUGCACAGCCACGUGGUGCUUUCUCCUUGUCAACUACCCUUCGUCUAGGCCACCAGAUACUGAAGGCCAUAGACAGUAUCCAUCAAGUGGGGUUCCUUCACAGAGAUAUCAAGCCGUCCAACUUCUCGAUUGGCAGGUUACCCUCAAACUGUCGCAAGGUUUAUAUGUUAGAUUUUGGACUUGCACGACAGUAUACCACAGCAACAGGAGAGGUGCGGGCACCUCGGGCUGCUGCGGGUUUCCGAGGCACCGUACGUUACGCAUCUAUUAAUGCCCACAAGAACAAGGAGAUGGGACGCCAUGAUGACCUAUGGUCGCUCUUUUACAUGCUUGUAGAGUUUGUUAAUGGCCAAUUGCCAUGGAGGAAGAUUAAAGAUAAGGAACAAGUUGGCCUUAUGAAAGAGAAAUAUGAUCACCGAGCUUUGCUGAAACACCUGCCUUCCGAUCUCCGCGCCUUUUUAGAACAUAUACAGAGUCUGGAAUACAGCGACAAGCCAGACUAUGCAAUGCUGAGCCUGCUGCUGGAGCGCUGCAUGAAGCGGCGUGGGGUUCGCGAGUCUGACCCAUAUGACUGGGAGAAGCCCAUCGUGACUCAAAGCCAAAUACCACAAACCCCUGCAAUCACGACCAUGACAACACCGGCUCCACUCUCACCACGGAAUAACAACCAAAACAUCCAACCGGACAACCGAAAAGAUAAUGAGGCGGAAUUGGAUGCUCUUUGUAGAAGAGCAAGAAAAUUAGAAGUUGAUGCUACUCAAGUCACACCAACCAACACGGACAAGCAGGCCAUAACGAUUGACCGAAAUUGCAAUGCUACUACAAAUCAAGACAACACACCUCCAGUACUUGGAUCCCCCAAGAAACAGCGAAGGGCUGUAUCAAUGCCAGGCACCCCUGCGGCAGGCCAGCAGUCUGAGAAGGAGCGGGAAGAACGUGAUGGGGUAGAUGGUGAGGGAGAUGCUGUAAUGAUGUCUGCCCGCAGUCAAUCAGACCGCAGGCGACACACCAAUCAGAAUCAGAGGAAAUCAGCUGAUGCAGCCUUGUCAAGACUAAGGGUUGCAACAGCGCCUCAGGAUCGAAACAGGACUCGCCUCUUGUCUGGUACAGUGUCUCUCAAUAAUGACUCAGAAGUGGGUGGAGAAUCGCCUCGCAUCCGAGACACUAUCACGGACCAGGAUGGCUCAGUCUACUCCUUUGACACCUAUCGUCAAGGAGGGCAGGGAGGUGGAGGAGGAGGAGGAGGAGGUGGUGGUGGUGGUGGGGGCGGAGGAGAAACAGGGUUCAGAGGAAGCCAGCGGUCGCGCCGUGCACCUCCCCCUCCCACCACACAACGCACACCUGCUGCCAAGAACAACAGAGACGCUUCAGUCACUCAGUUUGCUGUCAUCGAUGAUGAGAACCUAUCAGCCAUGCAGCAAGUUACAAGAGGAGGUGGAGGUUUGACUCUUGCAUCACAGUGGAAGUCACAGUUCGACGAUUCAGAGGAGACGACAGACAACGAGUGGAAAGGGGAAAACCUGCCCAGUCCAGAGCACAGGAAUACUCCUAUCACGCAACCCCAGUUUCCAGUAGAGGCAGGGGCUAUGGUGGUCACCGCAUCCAGUGAUGGCCGUGCUGUCAGCCAGUCUCAGGGCAGCCCCACCAGCCGUGUCCCAGAUCCCCAGGCUCAGGAGCCCCACCUCUCCAGGAUCAGCGAGGAUUCAACAAGAAAUGAGAAACAGAGUCUGAAUAUCCAACCUACUCCACUGGUAAACAGCACCAAUGGCAACAACAACGGCAAUGUGAAGCUCCAAUCACAACAGGCACAGCCCCAGCCAACGACUGUCCAAUGCCUCAAUAUUGCAGGCAUUGAGAACUUCCCUGAGUUGCAGGCAGCUUUACCUCGGGCUUGGAGCCUACCUGAUGUCACAGCAAAAAUCAGAGCGGGACUGGAGCCUCCACUACUACAGCAGGCAGCUUUUAAUGAUGUUGUGUACGCGGUGGAUGUGAUGCGCAGUGUAGCCACCCGUUCUUCCCAGUCAGCUGAGAUCUCGCGCAGGCCUAGUCUUCCUAACAUGGCAAUAACAUAUCCAGCAUCAGUAUAUGACAAGGAGUCAUCACCCUCGAGACCUGCUGCCGUUAACAAGUCCUCUGUGGAGAAAGAAGAGUCCUCGCUAGCCACAGCCAAGACCACUGCAGACGAAGAUGAGGUAGAGCUGCGGCCAGUAUCGGGACGGCUGGAGAUACGAGUGGUGGACCGAUCCAACGAUGGCUCCACUCACACGAUGCCCACUGCACGAGAGACCAGGCGUAACCUCGCUGACAACAGAGGGACAGGGACAGGUUGCAGUCCCGUCAGCCCAGGCAAAGAAGAGCCAGCAUCUGUCUACUUCGAUGCUACUGAAGAGAACAGUAAGGCACAGCAUAGUCUCUCUCCUGUGCCAGAGUCUAACAGGGUGAAGGGUGUUGCCAACAAAACGAGCAAAAUACCGAUCCCAGUGAGUGGGAGCAAAAGCCCACGCUCUAGUGUUAUCGAAGCAUUCACUUACAUGCCCAGGGCCGAUGAGAAAAUGUUGAGUGCGGAAGCGGAGAGUGUACCCCACGUGCCGAUGGUGUCUGUAGAACUGCGGCGGUGCGCGACAUUGCCAGAUGCGCGGCGCGAUGGCGAGCUGACCCCAGCACUGCGCAGACGCAGGGGAGAGGGCAAAUACGUGACAGACCAGUCACAACUGCCGCUGAGGUUCGCACGGCCCAGACGGUCAGUUGAGCCACACUCUCUCUCUCCGUCACAGUCACAGUCUCAGUCAAGGGAGAGGAUUAUCCGAGGGAUCCCCAGUCACAUGUUGUGCUCGCCUGGGGGGGAGGAGAGCAGUGAAGUUUCGAGUGAUUCAUCGGGCAACAACCCACAGCCUCCUCCUCUGGAACAGUUGCCCCCCAUGGAGAACAAUGCCAGGUGCAGGCGUUUUCAUCCUGUGGUACCCCACUCAGACGCUGCCAGAAACUCAUGAGUUGAGCACACUAUAGUUCCGUUUCCUUGUUCUUGAACAGUUCAGAAGCGGCCGCUACGUCUGUUGCAGCUUUGGCACAGACUUUUACUACUAAUCUUAAUAAUUACCAUGUUUAGAAUAAUGCCUUGGUCUCCAGAUUAUUUUUUACUUAGUAUUAGAACUUUCAAACCAGUGCCAUAAGUUACGUAGUUUGAAAGUAUGCAUCAAACUUUGUAAUCGUAUAAGAUCUUUAUCUUAUAAUUAAUUUAAAGUGAUAUUUUAAAUUGCCAAUGAUAUUAUUUACUUGACUUGGUCUUUCGUGUUGAUUACACGGUUAUCGAUUUUGUUUGUAUUAAUUUUCACCGAGUUGUGUUCGGACAGUCAGCCUUCUAAAUCUGCACAUAUAUAUGUUAGAUUACUCUUGAUGUCGUACAGGGUGAUACAGUAUUCUUCGCGUUUUAGCCGAUCGGUAAAAUAAUGUAGCUUGUAUGUACGGCAAUAAGGUUGUGCGGCGCUGCGCGAAGCUGUACAACGCAGCACGAAAGACUAAGCAAAGUCGAGUUUUGUGAUACUCGUAAUAGGUUCAUAUAAAAUGUCUGGAACCAUUAACGAGUUCCAUGUAUAGUGCAAUAUCAUUUUGUAUCUUGGCGUUUGUUUGUGUUUGUCUUUCCAUUGAUUAAUUCUAGUCAUUUAUUAUGUAGCUGUAGUCCAUCGUACAUGUAAUGUACUUCAUUCCAGACAUUUUCGAUGGUUGUUUGCUCGAAAUAAUUGUUUAUUUAAUCACCGAUUUUGGAUUAUUAAUUUUUGUGUGCAUAAUUUUAUUUUGUAACUAAUUUAAACAAAGGAAAAUCUAGUCAGCGAUAGUCAUUAGAUCAUCAUUGUAAUUGUUAAUAUUUCAGAAAUACUUAGCCACACUAUUAACAAAUUAACUGUAAAUUAUUGUACAGAUUAUCUCAGAUAUGCAAACAUUUCUGAAAUAUUUCCAAAAUAGCUUAUAAAGUUUUCUAAUUAUUUUCUAGAUGGUAUUUAUGAUUUGUAAAUCAUUGAGUAUUGAUUGUUUUACGACUGGACGCUCGGAGCAGCACAACAGUUUGAUCUCUUGUUAUAUAUUAUAAUUAUGCUAAUUAAAAGACACUGGAGUUUCAACUGUACAGCUUGGGGUUCGACAGAAUGCUUCACACCACAUACAGGACUUAACUUCGGGGGCUGUGUUAGCUAUUUUUUUAUUAAUGCUCUAUUUUCAUUGAUAUCAGUUUGUAAUUGUUGGCCGAGACAUUUUGUCUGCUUCAAAUAAAAAUUCAUGUUAUGUUUUGUUCAA